AUGCCUGAUUACGCCAGCUACGCCCGCAUCAACGCAAGUGAGGCCGCCGAGGCCCAGGUCAGGGUGGUCGACCAGCCUUACAGAGUCAACGGCUGCGAGCUGCACUUGGUGACCGCGUGGCUGGCGUGUGAGGAGGCCGACACGCGCUUUGCCUUCGCGAUCAAGGGCGCCCGGGCCGGCGCGCGCCAGGCGCCCUGGGGCGCCUUGGGCCUGGUCAUCAGCGGCGAGUGGAAGGCCGUGGUGCGGGGCAUCGAGAAACAGGCCGCCAUGUUCCUAGCCAGGGAGCAUCCAAACACAACUUUCCGCUCGGGCUUCAAGGUCCUGGCGCGCGCCGGCGAGCUGUUUGAGGUGCAGCACGCCGCUGAGGGCAAGGGGCCCAAGGCGGGCAUCAAGGCCGGCGACACGCUGGACGUGACCGUGGCCUGCGACGGCCUGGCACGUGCGCUGGAAGUUUGUGGCAGCGAGCGUGACCGGCAGCCGGGCGGUUGA